CGUAGAUGUUAUCUCAACUAAGUGAUACACCCUUGAAAAAAAGGGAUUUCUCUUUUCGAAGAUCACAAGUUUAAAUGGUUAUAAAAGAGCUCGCAAUUCGUAGAUUCAUCACUUCUCCCGUUCUGUGACAGAAUCAGACCUUGUUUGUUUCGUUGCUGUCAGUCAAGAGCCAGUCAAGAAAAUGUUUCGUGCAGCCGUCUUCUUCGCCGUAGUGGCCGUAGCCUUCUGUGCUGCUUACAACAAGGUAGACACCAAAGCCUACGCCGCCUCAUCGGCUAAAGACUACAGUGGCAACCAGGCAGGAAGCAACUACAAUGGCAACCAGGCAGGAAGCAACUACAAUGGCUACCAGGCAGGAAGCAACUACAAUGGCUACCAGGCAGGAAGCAACUACAAUGGCAAGGGAGCAAGCAGCUAUAAUGGCUACCAGGCAGGAAGUAACAGCUACAACAGCUACGAUCAAGGAUACAACCCCUGCGGCUAUGGUGACAAUGGUAAACGCCUGGCAAUUCGAGACUUCUGCGCUGGUUACUUUGAGUGCCAGAACGGUGAGGCUCGUUACUACGAUUGUGACGAGUACGAAGGCUUUGACAUCUACAACAAGAAAUGUGUCCCAGACAAAUCUUGCGCUACAGUUUGCCCCAAAGGCACUGGCCCAAGCUACAACAGCAUCUACCAAUUCUAUCUCGGUGGAGAGCUCGAGUACUGCCCCUACGGCACUUACUUCAACGCCAGAAUCUGUACUUGUGACCACAUUCCAGACUUUGAAUACCAGUCCAGCAGCAACCAAUAUAACAACAACGGUAAACAAUAUGAUAACUAUGGUAAACAGUAUGACAACAGCGGCAAACAGUAUGACAACAGCGGUAAACAGUAUGAUAACAGCGGUAAACAAUACCAGGCUGGUUCUUACAACAACGCUCAGUACAAUGGUAACUACGCCAGCCAAUAUCAGGCCCCAAAGAGCGCAGAUUCCUACGCCAAGAAAGCCUACGCCAAGACCUACUAAAGAGUAGAUCCGAAGAACAUGGAAAAAUUGAGAUACAAAAAUAUUCCAGUCAUUGUAUCACUAUCUUUUCAUAAUCAGAGGCAAAUAUUGGGAAAUAAUCAAUAAAAGAAAUUAUGGUUAAA